AUGAUGAAUUCAUUUCUAAAAAAUUGUGUAUCAUCAACAAUUAAGAAAUACGAAAAAAAGAGUAGAAGAUAUGAACUGCUCUACAAAUAUUGUUAUACCUUAAAAAGGGAAUUCUCAAAUAUUAAGACAAAUAAUAAUAAGAAAAGGAAAAAUUAUGACAGAAAUUUAAAUUUAAAUAUGCAUGUAAAUUCAAGGUAUGAAGAUGAACGAGAUAUUUACUUUAACAACAAACUAAUUGAAAAAAAAAUCGCUGAUAUACAAAUAAAGAAUAGCCAUAAUAAAUUAAUGUUUGAAUAUUUGCCUAUAGAAGGAAGAACAAAUAAUGUACCAAUAGGUUUCAAAAUAACUCAUUAUAUUUUUUUAGUUGCCCUUUCCAGUGGAGUAUUAUUAAUUCAUAUAUUGCCGGAAGUGAAUAAAGAAAGUUAUAUACGAGAUAUAUUAACAUUAGAAAUAUACUGUUGUUCUUGUUUUUUAGUGUUCAAUGGUGGGUUUAAUUCAUUUCUUCAACUAAUUCAGUAUGCAAUACCUCCCAAUAGGAAAUACAAAGGUUUACGUAAUAGUUUACGUUUUAUCUCUUCCUUAAUACCAUUAUUUUUUGGUUUAGUAUCAUCAUCCUUAUGUGAAAGUUUUCCAAAGGAUAGCAUAUUACUUUUAUGUGUAUCAUAUAUUACCUUACUCUUAAAUUACUAUUUUUUACAUAUAAAGUGCCUAAUACCCGCAUGGAUGUUUAAGGAACAUAAGAUCGUUAUAUCAGUUGUUAUUCUUAAUCUGCUCCUAUUACUAAUAAGUGAAGCACAAAUUUAUAGGGGAAGAAAAGUUAAAAUACAUGUUGAUGAUUAA